AUGAACACAAUCACGACUCUAUCUGAAAGGAACUUAUCUAAACUUAACCCUAUUGAUAAGACAGACAAAUUGAACACUGCCGAAAUCUAUCUAUCUAUCUAUCUAUCUAUCUAUCUAUCUAUCUAUCUAUCUAUUGUCGCACUAAACGUCUUCUCUCAAAACGCUUCACUUAAUUGUCCGCACAUUCGGACUGAUAUGUAUUUAGUCUUCCUUUCUUUCUUUCUUUCUUUCUUUCUUUUUUACUUGCUAUCUAUCUAUCUAUUCAUCUAUCUAUCUAUCUAUCUAUCUAUCUGUCUAUCUAUCUCUAUUGUUCCUAUCUCUCUAUAUCAUUCUGUUUCUAUCUAUCUAUCUAUCUAUCUAUCAUCUAUCUAUCUCAUUGUUCUUAUCUCUCUCUCUCUCUAUCUAUCUAACUAUCUCAUUGCUUCUAUCUAUCUAUUUCAUUUUGUUUCUUUCUAUCAGUUUCUAUAUAUCUAUCUCAUUCUGUUUCUUUCCAUCAGUAUCUAUCUAUCUAUCUAUCUAUCUAUCUACGUAAUUAUGUAUACUUCUCUCUGUCUCAUUCUCUUUCUAUCUAUCUCAUUGUGUUUCUUACUCUCUAUCUAUUUCAUUCUGUUUCUUUUUAUCUAUGUCAUUUUGUUUUUCUAUCUCAUUCAAUUUCUAUCUAUCUAUCUAUCUAUCUAUCUAUCUAUCUAUCUAUCUAACAUACCAUUCACAAGUAUAUUUGACCACUCUUGCUUUUGUUUGUCUGUCUGUACAUAUGUAUGUAAAUAUCUAUCUAUCUAUCUAUCUAUCUAUCUAUCUAUCUAUCUUUUGUCCGUUUAUAACCCUAUCUAUCUAUCUAUCUAUCUAUCUAUCUAUCUAUCUAUCUAUCUCAUUCUGCUUCUUUAUCUCUAUCUCAUUCUGUUUCUAUCUAUCUAUCUCAUUCUUUCUAUCUCAUUGUUUUUUCUUUCUUUCUUUCUUUCUUUCUUUCUUUCUUUCUUUCUAUCUAUCUAUCUCAUUCUGUUCCAUAUAUCUCAUUGCGUUUCUUUCUAUCUAUCUAUCUAUCUAUCCCAGUCUGUUUAUUACCCAAUCUAUCUAUCCUAUCUAUCUAUCUAUCCAUCUAUCCUCAUCUAUCUAUCUAUCUAUCUAUCAACCCCUAGUCUGCUUAUUCAUCUAUCUAUCCAUCUAUCUAUCUAUCUAUCUAUCUAUCUAUCUAUCUAUCUAUCUACCCUAUCGUUUAUAACCUAUCUAUCUAUCUAUCUAUCUAUCUAUCUAUCUAUCUAUCUAUCUAUCUCAUUCUGUUUCUUUCUCUCUAUCUCAUUCUGUUUCUAUCUAUCUAUCUAUCUAUCAUCUAUCUAUCUAUCUAUCUAUUUCAUCAUAUUCGUUCUUUCUUUCUUUCAUUCUUCUUUUCUUUUCUUUCUUUUCUUUUCUCUGUCUUCUUCAUUUUUUUUCUUUCUUUCUUUCUUUUCUCUGUCCUUCUUUAAGCCUUCAUUUUUCCUUUCUUUUCUCUUUGCCUUCCUUUUUUUCUUUCUUUGUUUCUUUUUGUCCUCUUUAAGCCUUGUUUUUUCUUUCUUUCUCUUCUUGUCUCUGUCUAUUACCUUCUUUUUUUUUUUUUUCUUUUCUUUCUCUCUGUCCUUCAUUUUUUUUCUUUUUCUUUCUUUCUCUUUGUCCUUCUUUAAACUUCAUUUUUUUCUUUUUUCUUUCUUUCUUUGUCCUUCUUUAGCCUUCAUUUUUCUUUUCUUUUCUUUCUUUCUCUGUCCUUCUUUAAGCCUUUAUUUUUCUUUCUUUCUUUCUUUUCUUUCUCUUCGUUUUCUUUUUUUUCCUUCUUUUCUUUUCUCUGUCCAUUUUUUCAUUUUUUCUUUCUUUCUUUCUCUCUGUCCUUCUUUAAGCCUUCUAUUUUUCUUUUUUCUUUCUUUCUUUUCUCUCUGUCCCUUUAAGCCUUAUUUUUCUUUCCUUUUUUUUUUUUCUCUUAUUCUUACAUUUAUUCUUUUUCGUUUUUCUUCGUUUCUUUCUUUUCUUUUCAUUCUCUCUUUUUUUUUCCAUUCUUUUUUCUUCCUUCCUUUUUCUUUGUUUGUUUUUUUUUUUGGCAUUCUUUCUUUUUCUCAUUCUCUUUCUUUCGGUCUUUAUUACAUUCUUUCUUUUUUUCUCUUUUUCUCUGUCUCUGUUUUCUUUUAUUUAGUCUUUCAUCUCGUUUCUUUUAGACGAUCAAAUUUGUCUUCUUUUAUUUCUUCCUUCUUUUUACAGUUGGAUUUUUUUUCAUUAUUUUCUUUCUUUCUUCUUCCUUUUCUUUCUUCUUAUUUUUACACAAUCAAAUAUUAUUUCUUAUUUUUUCUUUGUCUUUCUUUUCUUUUUAUCUUUCUUAUUCUCUUAACGUUUUCUCUUCUUGAAUUUAUUCUUUCCUUUAUUUUUCCUUUUAUGCAUUUUCUUCUCUUUUUUUCCUUCCUUCCAUUCUUUUAUUUUUUUCUCUUUUUUCUUCCUUUCCUUUUCUUUCUUUCUUUUCUUUCUUUCUUUCUUUCUUUUCUUUCAUUUUUUUUUCUUUUUAUUUUUGUUUUCAGGUAUUCCUCACUGAUGUUGAGUGGCCCUCUCACGUCUUUUUGUUCUCCGAAUUCUUCGAUUUUUCACUCUCUCCUAUCCGCUUAUAUUCCACCUUCUUCUUCAAAUUACCUAUGUUCAUCAUCAUCAUCAUCAUCAUCAUCUUCUUCUUCUUCUUCUUCUUCUUCUUCUUCUUCUUCUUCUUUCUUCAUUUCUUUCUUUCUCCUCCUCUUUCCUUUUCUUCUUCUUCUUCUUCUUCUUCUUCUUCUUCUUCUUAUUAUUAUUAUUAUUAUUAUUAUUAUUAUUAUUAUUAUUAUUAAUAUUAUUUCAGUAUUUUUCAUGUUAGUUUUUCUUUCCUAUUCCUUCCGUCUUUCUCUUCUAUAUCCUGCACCAUUUUCUUCUUCUUUCUUCUUCUUCUUCUUCUUCUUCUUCUUCUUCUUCUUCUUCUUCUUUCUUCUAACUUCCCUCCUCCUUAUCAUCAUCUUCUGUCUUCUUCCUGCUUUUUUUUCCCAGGAAUAUUAUAGCAUCUAUUUUCUCUUCCUUUCCUUCUUCAUCUUCAGGUAUAUUGUUUAUGUUGGGGGUUCUUUUUUGCAUUUAUCCUCUCUUCCUCUUCAUUACUAUUACAUUUCUAAUUCAUCCCUAUCGCCCUACAAAUUGAACACUGAAAUCUGUCUAUCUAUCUAUCUAUCUGUCUAUCUAUCUAUCUAUCUAUCAUUCUUCCUUUCUUUCUUCUUUCUUUCUUUUCUUUCUUACUUGCUAUCUAUCUAUCUAUCUAUCUAUCUAUCUAUCUAUCUAUCUAUCUAUCUCAUUGUUCCUAUCUCUCUAUAUCAUUCUGUUUCUAUCUAUCUAUCUAUUCCUAUCUAUCUAUCUAUCUAUCUCAUUGUUCUUAUCUCUCUCUCUCUCUCUAUCUAUCUAACUAUCUCAUUGCUUCUAUCUAUCUAUUUCAUUUUUGUUUUUUUCUAUCAGUUUCUAUAUAUCUAUCUCAUUCUGUUUCUUUCCAUUCAUUCAUCUAUCUAUCUAUCUAUCUAUCUAUCUAUCUAUCUACACUCUUGCUUUGUUUGUCUGUCUGUACAUAUGUAUGUAAAAUAUCUAUCUAUCUAUCUAUCUAUCUAUCUAUCUAUCUAUCUAUCUAUCUAUCUUUUUUGGUAUCAUAUAUCUAGAGGAAUAUGGGGUGACCCUAAAUCAGACCUUGGUGAUGACGAUAAUGAUAGAGAAGUUCAUGACAAUGAGCUGUCUAUGUUGCUUCAGAGAAAUUUGAUAUCUAUUCAUCUAUCUAUCUAUUCAUCUAUCUAUCUAUCGUUUAUCUAUCUAUCUAUCUAUCAUAUCUAUCUAUUUAUCUAUUUAUCUCAUUCUGCUUCUUUAUAUCUAUCAUUCAUUUUAUCUCUAUCUCAUUCUGUUUUAUCUAUCUAUCUCAUUCUUUCUAUCUCAUUGUUUUUUUUUUCUUCUUUCUUCUUUCUUCUUUCUUUUCUAUCUAUCCAUCUAUCUCAUUCUGUUUCCAUAUAUUCAUUGCGUUUCUUUUUCUAUCUAUCUAUCUAUCUAUCCCAGUCUUUCUUGUUUAUAACCCAUCUAUCUAUCUAUCUAUUCAUCUAUUCAUCCAUUCAUUCACCUAGUCUGUUUAUAACCCUAUCUAUUCAUUCACCAUUCACCAUCUAUCUAUCUAUUCAUCUAUCUAUCUAUCCUAGUCCGUUUAUAACCCCAUCUAUCUAUCUAUCUAUUCAUCUAUCUAUCUAUCUAUCUAUCUCAUUCUGUUUCUUUUUCUCUAUCUCAUUCUGUUUCUCAUAUCUAUCUUCCAUUCAAUUCAUCUAUCUAUUUCAUCAUAUUCGUAUUUCAUCCUCCAGUUUUUCUUUCUUUCAUUCCUUUUUCUUUUCUUUUCUUUUUCGUUUCUUUUCAUUUUUUUCUUUCUUUCCUUUCUCUGUCCUUCUUUUUUUUUUUUCUUUUUUUUUCUUUCUUUGUCCUUCUUUAUUUCUUUUCUUUUCAUUUUUUUUUCUUUUUUCUUUUCUUUUCUUGUCCUUCAGUUGCCUUUUUUUUCUUUCUUUCUUUCUUUUUUCUCUCUGUCCUUUUUUAACCUUCAUUUUUUUCUUUUUCUUUCUUCUUCUCUGUCCUUCUUUAAGUUUUCAUUUUUUCUUUUCUUUUCUUUCUUUUCUUUCUGUCCUUCUUUGUCCUUUCUAUUUUUUUUUUCUUUUUCUUAUUUUUUUUCUUUUUUCUGUUUUUCUUUUCUUUCUUUUCUUUUCUUUCUGUCCUUCUUUAAGCCUUCAUUUUUUUUCUUUCUUUCUUUUUUUCUUGUCCUUCUUUUUUUUCUUCAUUUUUCUUUCUUUUCUUUCUUUCUCUUAUUUUUUCAUUUUUUCUUUCUUUUUUCUUUCUUUUUCUUUUCUGUCCUUCUUUUCAUUUUCUUUAAAUUUUUUUUUUCUUUCAGGUAUUUCACUUGUUGAGUGUCCUUCACGUUUUUUGUUCUCGAAUUCUUUUUUCACUUCCAUCUUUCAAUUUCUUCUGUCCUCAUCAUCAUCAUCAUCAUUUUUUUUUCUUUUCUUUUCUUCUUCUUCUUCUUGUUAUUGUCCUUUUUACUUUAUUUUUCUUCUACUUUCUUCAUUUCUUUUUCUCCCUCUCCUUUCUUCUUCUUCUUUCAUUUUUUCUUCUUAUUAUUAUUAUUAUUAUUAUUAUUAUUAUUAUUAUUAUUAUUAUUUUCGUAUUUUCUAUGUUAGUUUUUCUUUUUCCUAUUCCUUCUGUCUUUCUAUAUCCUGUUUUCUUCCUAUACCUUUUUCUCUUGAACUUUUUCUCCUUUUAUAUUAA